UAGCAUAAAAUUUCCUCAGUAAAGAGCUGGGCUCAAAUGCAUUUGAGAAAAAAAGACGAAUAUGCUCAUGCUUCUGUUUCUGCUACUGUGGGGUAGUGUGGAAGAUUCUUUUUCUGAAAAAGCUCCGUCACUUUGUCCAAUGCCACCUAACCUGGUUGGUGGAGCGAUCAAGGAUGAAGUUCAAGAGGAAUAUCGGAAUCAUGACCGAGUUGAAUACAUUUGCCAGGUUGCCCACAUCAUGGAAGGGGGGCCCUACAAGAUUUGCAUCAAUGGUGACUGGACUGGAGAGUUGAGAUGCCUCAAGCCAUGCGUUGUGACAAGAGAGACUAUGAGCAAGCACAACGUUACUCUCAGAUUUGGAAAUCACAACAAGUUGUAUGCUCUCCACAAUGAUAGUAUCCAAUUCAGGUGUACCGCAGCGACGACGCAGAGCGGCACGUCAGGGAUGCGUCGGAGGUGUAACGAUGGAGUACUUCACAUGCCCACUUGUCUGUGAAGCUUUCCAGUGCUGAUUGGGCAGCACAGUCAAAAAGUACCUUCACGUGUGAAUUUAUCAAGUACACAGGACGACAUAGUUGCGGAAUUAAUAAAUAUUGUCUGUCAACUGCGAAGUAACUGGUAACGUUUUCGGUUGAGGAGAGAAAAAAAAAACACUUCCAGCAUAAUAAAAUACUGUUUCUAUUUUGCUGUA